AUGGUCGAAAUGCGCGGUGCACUCCUGUUACCUCUCUGGAUCACUUCCCUUGCUGUACAGAUUGGCAAUGCCGCCGCGGUCGACUUCGACGAACAUGGGCUGGACAAUUUUUUUGCCAAACGACAAAAUUACACCUGCAGCACCGAGGGCCUCCAGCACAUCUGCCAAACAAAUACGACGGAAUGUAUUGAUGCAAUGUGCGCAUCAUGCUCCGGUUACGUGUUGAUUGCAAACUGCUGUGCAUUGGCCAGCUGGGAGGCAAUGAUGCAGUGUCUUCUCGAACUGAUGAGCGAUCCUUCCGAGCUCACAAUGACAGUAGCGCCCACGUCAACCAAGAGCUCGGAUACAAGCACAAUCACAGCCCUCUCGAGCGCGACCAUAGAGACCGGCGGAUUGGAAGCUUGUUCUAGUUUCCAAGGAAUUGUGGGAUCGUGCGAGUCCCUGAUUCCCGGCUUCGCAACAGAGGCAUUCGGACAACAGGCAAGCUGCGUAUGCUACAGUAACGGCACCUAUCAGCCUGAUCGCUACGAUGGAGCGUUCUUGGGCUGCCUCUCCUACCUUUCCACCGCGAGCCCUUCAGAAUAUGCCAGUAUCGCGCCCGGAUCUACCAUUCUGGCACCGUGCAAAAACGUGGCGACCACAACCGAGCCGCAGUCGUCUCUCAGUACUCAUUAUAUCGGGCGCUUGACCAGCAGCACCUCGGCAGUGUCUCCUCUCUCAACCAUGCCAGCUCGAUCAACAACCACAGGUCCCACCCAAACACCAAUCGCGGAUAGCAAUGGCAGCGCCAGCCUAGAAAUGGUAAGUUAG